CGCUGCCCGGGAGCGGCAUGGCGGCGGGGCCGGAGACCGGCGGGGAGUGCGGGAUCUGCUAUGAGGCGUACCGGGGCGUCCGGGCGCCCCAACAGCUGCCCUGCAACCACUCCCUCUGCCAGAACUGCCUACGCAAGCUGGUGUGCCGCGCCGCCACCGCUGCCUUCAUCAGCUGCCCCUUCUGCAGGAUGGUGACGCUGGUGCCCGAGAUGGCCCCAGGAGGCCGUGGGUUGACGCCGAUCCCGGGGACCCCGCACCGCCCCCAGCUCACAGCCGGGGAGGAGGAGGAAGACGAUGAAGGCAGCGGUGCCCGUCGGGCCCCGAGGCACUCCAUGGCCAUGGAGGUGGCCUGCGCAGCCCACGCUCCCAUCUUUACGGUGAGCAGCAUGGUGGCCCCCUGCAGCCUCCGCCGUGGCCCCGAUGCGCCGGGAGCCUUCGUGCUGGGGCUGCCGGGAAGGGGGCUGCUGCUGGACUCACAGCCGCCCCUCACCUCCGUGGAGAAUCUGCGCCUCGGCUUCGCCGCCGGCAUCCUCAUCCUUAUCAUCGCCACCUUCUUCCUGCUCGUCUUCCUCAAGUAGCACGGAAGGCUCAGGGCCGGCACUGCGGACCCCACCAUCCGCUGUUGGAGCCCGGCUCGCCUCCAGGCAGCAGCACGGACCCACAGCUGGGUCAGGAAUUCGGGCUCAGCCAUCGGAUCGCAGUGAGUGCUUUCCUUCACCCCCUGGGACCCGGCUGUGCUCACACUGCAUUUACAACUUUCCUGGAGCCUCCAGCCAUCCCGGCAGCAGGAGUCACAACGCCCUGCAGCAUUCCUUGGGCUGCAUCCACACCUGGCAUCCAGGAGAAGGGCAGCAGGGGCUGCGGCUGUGCCCAGCCUGCAGGGUGCUGAGGGCAAUGCACAGCGAUCUGCAGCACCUUGGUGCACUUCAGGGGUCAGAGAUGGGCAUCGCCUGUCCCAGCCAGCCCUGAGGGCCACACGGGAUGGGAUGGGAAAGGUCUGUGCUGUUUUGCCAUUGGUGAAAUGUUGUCAAAAAGCAACUUCCUGUGCUUUCUCCCUGUGGUGCUUAGAGCAGAGCCAAGGCCCCUGUAGAGGGACACAGGGAUGUGGCAGCUGGGGAAGGGCAGUGGGGAAAGGAUGAGAUAUUAAAGAUGCACACUGGUCCAGAGCCGUCUCCAGUCAUUUUUCCCUUUGCAGCCAUGGGGUUCAGAAGCAUAA